ACAAGCCAGCUUCACCGACAUCAUGAACUCAAAGAUUUUCUUCGUGGCAGCUCUCCUUGCUGUGGCCGCCGCGGACAGACGGCCUUAUUCCUACUCCGCCCCACAGUUCUCCUCCGAGGAAUUCGGCCCCGCCCACUACGACUUCGACUGGGCGGUCCAGCACAGCGACUCCGGCAACAACUUCGGCCACCAGGAGGCCCGCGACGGCCACGACACCCAAGGAUCCUACUACGUGCAGCUCCCCGACGGCCGCCUGCAGACCGUCAGGUUCACUGUCCAAGGAGACUCAGGAUUCCUCCCUGAGGUGUCCUACGAGGGAGAGGCUCGUUACCCUGACUCCUUCGAGUCCUUCGAGUCGUUCGAGUCCCGUGAAUCUCGUCGCUACGCCCCUCCAAGGCCCGUGUAUGGUUAGAGAAAUGACUCCAUCUUAACCUUUCCUAUUUUGACCUGACACGUAUAGAGCCUAUGUAUAUUUUUCUGUAUAUAUUUAUUUUUUGCAAUGAUGAUCUAUUAAAAUGCAUGCCAAGGAA